UUUUUUUUUUUUUUGCUUUUUCUUAACUUUCACUCAGGGAGUACUGUAGUCUGCAUGUGUGCUCCCGACCACUACCAAACUUGACAAGCUGCACUGUUUCUUAUGCUCAAUGACUUCUGCUUUAAGCCAAAGGACUGCCUGUAAUUUCACUAAGAAUGUCUUCUAGUUCGGAGACUGGGGAUUUACAGGAAUCUCUAAAGCACGGGCUUACACCUAUUGUGUCUCAGUUUAAAAUGGUGAAUUACUCCUAUGAUGAAGAUCUGGAAGAGCUCUGCCCGGUGUGUGGAGACAAAGUGUCUGGGUACCAUUAUGGGCUCCUCACCUGUGAAAGCUGCAAGGGCUUUUUUAAGCGAACCGUCCAAAACAAUAAAAGGUACACGUGUAUAGAAAACCAGAACUGCCAAAUUGACAAAACACAGAGAAAACGUUGUCCUUACUGUCGAUUUCAAAAAUGUCUAAGUGUUGGAAUGAAGCUAGAAGCGGUCAGGGCCGACCGAAUGCGCGGCGGCAGGAAUAAGUUUGGGCCCAUGUACAAGAGGGACAGAGCCCUGAAGCAGCAGAAAAAGGCCCUCAUCCGAGCCAACGGACUCAAGCUGGAAGCCAUGUCCCAGGUGAUCCAAGCUAUGCCCUCGGAGCUGGGCAUCUCGUCUGCGAUCCAGAACAUCCACUCGGCCUCCAAAGGCCUGCCUCUGAGCCACGCUGCCUUGCCUCCCACAGACUUCGACAGAAGCCCCUUCGUCACGUCGCCCAUCAGCAUGACCAUGCCGCCGCACGGCAGCCUGCAGGGCUACCCGCCGUACGGCCACUUCCCCAGCCGGGCCAUCAAGUCCGAGUACCCCGACCCCUACGGCAGCUCGCCCGAGUCCGUGCUGGGCUACUCCUACGUGGACGGCUACCAGACCAGCUCCCCGGCCAGCGUCCCGCACCUCAUCCUGGAGCUGCUCAAGUGCGAGCCCGAGGAGCCCCAGGUCCAGGCCAAGAUCGCAGCCUACCUGCAGCAGGAGCAGGCGGGCCGCGGCAGGCACGAGCGGCUCAGCACGUUCGGGCUCAUGUGCAAGAUGGCCGACCAGACGCUCUUCACCAUCGUGGAGUGGGCCCGCAGCAGCGUCUUCUUCCGGGAGCUCAAGGUGGAUGACCAGAUGAAGCUUCUUCAGAACUGCUGGAGCGAGCUCUUAAUUCUCGACCACAUUUACCGACAAGUGGUCCACGGAAAGGAAGGGUCCAUCUUCCUGGUUACCGGGCAACAAGUGGACUAUUCUGUCAUCGCCUCGCAAGCGGGGGCCACACUCAACAACCUCAUGAGUCACGCGCAGGAGCUGGUGGCCAAGCUUCGUUCUCUGCAGUUUGAUCAACGAGAGUUUGUGUGUCUGAAAUUCUUGGUGCUGUUUAGUUUAGAUGUCAAAAACCUUGAGAACUUCCAGCUGGUGGAAGGGGUCCAGGAGCAAGUCAAUGCUGCCCUGCUGGACUACACCAUGUGCAACUACCCGCAGCAGACAGAGAAGUUCGGGCAGCUGCUCCUCCGGCUGCCCGAGAUCCGGGCCAUCAGCCUGCAGGCGGAGGAGUACCUCUACUACAAGCACCUGAACGGGGACGUCCCUUACAACAACCUCCUGAUUGAGAUGCUGCACGCCAAAAGAGCUUAGCCACAGCCCCAGAGCGCCAGCUUCCAAAACAAAAAGAGAUGGUGGGGGGCGGGGGGGAGGCCAGGAGGAAAGGGGAAAAAAUACUCUGAACUGCUCCAAGCAACACUAAUUAAAACACUUGGUUUAAAGAUACUGAAUUUUAAAAGGCGUAAUAAUCGAAUACUUAAUAGCAAAUAAAUGAUGUAUCAGGGUAUUUGUACUGCAAACUGUGAAUCAAAGGCUUCACGUCCCCGAAGGAUUCCAUAUAAAAGACAUUGUGAUGGAGCAGAAUGAACUCACAGAUGGAUGGCAACACCAUGUCAGAAUAAAACUGGACAGAAUGAUUCUUGUAUAUUUAAACUGAUCUCCGCUGUGAAGAAAUUGAGGGACCGAUCAGUGUUGUUAAUUAGGUGUAUGCAGCGGGGGAUUUGAGCUUACGGAAUCCCUCUGUGGUGAACCUGACCUGAACCCAUCGUCCAGAAUCCAUCGGCUGCACCUGCAACAGCCCUUCUCUCUUCCCCUCGAGGACCCAGCACCUUCUGUCCCGCCAUCUGGGAAUCUGUCCCGAGGACUUGUGCUCAGCCACACCCCCAAGUAGCACCACCAAAUCAUGAGAAGCCUAAUCUUGAACGUCUGUGUUUUAGGCCUGCAAACAGCUAAUAAGAACAGCCUGUUAAUGUGUUCGCAUACCAUGUUAAGUACAUUCUGGUUUGUUCUGUCGUAUGUUCAUGUUAAAAAAACAAAACAAAACAAAACAAAAAGCUGGUGGUAGCCCUCUUCUGAUCUUGCGUAAGCAUUCAUGACCAUCCAGGGCAGGGACUACAGAUUUUCAAAGCUUUAGCUUAAGCACUGCUGGAUUUCCUAAAAAUUUCUGCCCUCAAGGCUCAUUAGAAUACAUCAGCCUUUUUAACCAUCGAGGUUUGUAGUUCAGUGAAAAAUACAACGUGAAACACAUUUUGCUGGCAUGUCAGUCACAGGUGUAAGCAGCUUAAGACAGAACUGAAGCAAGUCGAGCAAAGCAAAAUAAAAGAUGGAGCAAGCAGAUAAAUUGACUCCUGUUACAGCUGAACAUUCCCUACACAUGGUGUGGAAACGGUGAUUUUUACAUAGGGCCUGGAAAGAUACUAAAGCGAUUCAAGUCUUCCCCAGAAGGGAAGGGAAGAGAGUGAUACCGACCUUGCUAAGACGUAGACCACAGUCUGCUAUAGACCAGAUCCUGGAGGAUGAAGACUUGCGAAACAAGGUCUCCAGGCGACGCUGUCAGUGUUACGCACAGGCGAUGCCACAGGUGUGGAAGUCUUGCCUUACUUCAGUUCCCAGAGCUGGCUGUGCAGAUGCGGACCAACCUUUGUCGAAAAUAAAGUGUUAAUACUUUAAAGUCAAAUAAAACAUAGUGUUUACAUUCUUUAGGUCCUUGGGGGGGAGGGGGGAGCUGUGAUAUUAUGAAAUCGCUAAAGCAGUAAUUUCCUUAAUGUUAUUUUUCUGAUUGCUACUUAUUUUUAACAGUACUUAAUUAUUGUAUGUCGUGAGACACUAAAAUCAAAAACGGGAAUCUCAUUUAGACUUUAAUUUUUUUUUUUUGAGAUUAUCGGCGGCACAAUCAUUUGUAGAAACUGUAAAAAAAAA